CAAAUUCCCAAAUUACCCGUUGUAUGUCUGGUAAUUCAAUUCUCAAAGGAAAAGGAAAAACCAUUGUUAUGGCAGUGAAAGACACCUUCUACCUAUCCCACGGAUCGCCGACGCUGAGCAUCGACGAGUCGCUUCCGGCCAGAAAAUUCCUCCAGUCGUGGAAAGAAACGGUGUAUUCUCAGAAACCCACCUCCAUCCUCAUCAUCUCCGGCCACUGGGACACCGCUGUCCCCUCCGUCAGCUCCAUUUCCGGCCGCUACAGCACCAUCUACGACUUCUACGGCUUCCCCAGAUCCAUGUACCAGAUCAAGUACCCCGCCCCCGGCUCCCCCCACCUAGCCAACCGCGUCAAGCAGCUGCUGACCUCGUCGGGCUUUGGACGCGUCGACGUGGACACCAAGCGGGGGCUGGACCACGGCUCCUGGGUCCCGCUCAUGUUGAUGUACCCGGAGGCAGACAUCCCAGUUUGCCAGCUGUCGGUCCAGGCGGGGAGGGACGCCACUUAUCACUACAACUUGGGGAAGGCGCUGGCCCCACUGAGGGACGAGGGUGUUCUUAUAGUGGCGUCAGGCAGCGCCACCCACAACUUGGGGGCGAUGAGGAAGACCAAGAACAAUGAGGUCUUCCCUUGGGCUCGCGAGUUUGACACGUGGCUCAAGAGGGCUAUUCUGGAAGGAAGGUACGAGGAUGUGAACCAGUGGGAGAAGAAGGCGCCGCAUGCGAAAACGGCGCACCCUUGGCCGGAUCACCUUUACCCGCUGCAUAUCGUGAUGGGGGCUGCUGGUGCGGACGCAAAGGCUAAGCAAAUCCAUGACAGCUGGGACCUCGGUGCUGUUUCGUACGCAGCCUACCAGUUUACAUCACCUUGAACUUAAUCUUGAACUACCAGUUGCCGCUGAUUAACUAUAUAUGUCAAAUAAAUUCCUGUUAUAUUAUGAAUUUCAUAAAAUAAUAUUAUGUUGUGAACGAAUUCAUUGAAUGUGUAGUAGUGAAUAUUGUAUUAAGGAUUAAUGAGAGAUUGUUUUCCUGUUUAA